GAUAAUGCGGAGGAAGCAAACCAAAAAGAUGGCCGCGCCAAGCAAAAUGUCGGCGGCCAAAGCCCCGAGCAGCGCAUCAUCGUCGGCCGGCCGCUUGUCCAAGAGCUCGACCUGGCUGGAAGCUUGAAGGACGUGCUUCUCGGCAUCACUGGCAAGGACUUCACCAUCAUCGCCGCUUCCAAGGCGGCCAUGCGCGGCGCAACCAUCCUCAAGGCCUCGGACGACAAGACCCGCCCGCUGAGCAAGCACAUACUGAUGGGCCUGACCGGCGAGGCUGGUGACACCAGUAUGUCACCUCUGAACCAUCCACUAUGUCACCCGCCCCUUCUGACCCAUCGCGUGCAGNUCCAGUUCGCCGAAUACGUCCAGGCAAACGUCCAGCUCUACGGCAUGCGCAACGACAUCGAGCUCAACCCAGCAGCCACCGCUUCAUUCAUUCGCACAGAGCUCGCAAAAGCUCUUAGAUCAAAACGCCCAUACACUGUCAACCUCCUGCUCGGCGGCUACGACACAAUCAACGACAAGCCCACUCUGCACUGGAUCGACUACCUGGCCUCGUCUGCCGCCGUCCCAUACGCCGCCCACGGCUACGCACAAUACUACUGUCUCUCAACGCUCGACAAGCACCACCACCCCGACAUUUCCUUCGAGCAGGGCAUGAAGAUUCUGAGAAUGUGUACAGACGAGCUCAAGAGAAGAUUGCCCAUCGACUUCAAGGGCAUGAUUGUCAAGGUCGUCACCAAGGACGGCAUUCGCGAGGAGGAGUACAAGGACGACGAGCCUGUCGCUUGCCCG